AACAUCCAUAUGAGUUCUAGUGUGUGCUACAGGUGCAAUCGCACUGGUCACUUUGCUAGAGAAUGUCCAGAAGGAGGAUCUGGUGGUGGUGGUGGUGGUGGAGGAGGAUAUGAACGCCGUGGAGGCCAACAGAAAUGUUACAAAUGUAACCGCUUUGGUCACUUUGCACGUGAGUGUAAGGAGGAUCAAGAUAGGUGUUACCGCUGCAAUGAAGCUGGACACAUUGCCCGGGAUUGUCAGCAAAGCCCCAGUGAUCCAUCAUGCUACAAUUGCAACAAAACCGGCCAUAUUGCCCGAGAUUGCCCAGAACCCGCAACAUCAGGCCCAUCCUGCUACAGUUGCAACAAGCCUGGGCAUAUCGCUCGUGACUGCCCCAAUUCAGCCAGUAAGGCAUGCUACAGGUGUGGCAAGGCUGGCCACAUAAGUCGCGAAUGCGAUCAGGAUGAUAAUUAGAGAACUUUGUUGUAUAAAAGCUGUUGUUUGGGGGUACUCUUUUUUUCUUUUGCCAUAUAAGCUUAUUUUUCUCAGUAAGGAUUUACAUAGGUACCUAAAAUAUGUAAUUCAACCAUUGGCUUACAGCAAUAAAUUGUUUAUCAUCCAGAAUGAAAAUAUUUUGUUUGUUACAGAAGUCCUUUCAGGAAUGUACUGUGAUGAACCCAUUUCCACACCUACAUUUAUUGACAUGAGAAUAGAAUUUGCAUAGGUUCUGACUGGGGAUAAUGAUACAGUUCUUGUGUUUGCAGUAAAGAAAAUGUUUACUUUGGUUGUGAAAUUUUUUAUGAUUCAUGAAAUAACCACAAAAUUGUGUUUUAUCAACAGAUAAUUCUGACAAGAAAAUUCAUCAGAAAUGAGGUAAAGUUUAACUGCAGGUCUGCGCACUGUGAGCUUUGCCGGUAACAGUAUUGAAUAUGCUGUUGCCAGGAAAGAAUUCUGUGUAUAUGUCUGCUGCUGUUUAUAUCAGCUUCUGUUGAGGUUAAGUGUGGCUGAAUACCUUGGACAAUUUCCACCAUAUCUUGAUAUUAUGGAAGCUGUUGUGAACAAUCUCAAUCUGAUGUUCCUAGUAGAAUCAGAUGAUAAGUUAUAAAUAAUUAUUAGUAUUAUUUAAUACUUGAUAGUUGUGUUAAGGUUACCAAGGGGUGUCCUUAAAUCUGGAUACAUUCUUUACUAUAUAAAUGUUGAAGGAAAGUAUGUCGUGGGAUGUAGCUCUUAUAUUCUUAUUGUAAAAUUUGUAACUAGGAUAUUUUACAAAUGUUUGACUUUUUGAAGUUAUAGUCUCUUCUAGAUUUGAAGGGCAUUGAAGUGCACAUUUUACUGGGAUUUUAUAAUGAUCACAGUUAUGUUUUGAUUUUCACUGUAUCUGAAAGUUUGGUUAUAGUUUCAUGAUGUAGGUACUCGUGUUCAUGUUCUGUAUGUAACCAAUUGUGCCCUGAUUCUUGGUUUGACAUGUGGGUACACUUUUCCUUUAUGAAUAAGAUUUGGCCCUGUGGUGGUUUAAGUAUGAAUGCCAGCAGUGAGGCAUGUUGUCUGAAGAAUGGUGGAAGGAAUUAUAAACCUUGAAGCAUUGUUUUCUUGUUUAUUAAAGCUUCAAGUAUUAAUAUAACAAUUGCUUUGCCAUUCUUUUAUAAUAAGAUGGCUUGUUUCAUGAAUAUGUUUUGCGGCAUGAAGCCCGAAUACUGAGUGAUAAUUAAAAUAUAUUUUUAUUUUGUUGAUGUUGGUCCUCUGGGCUGUAAUGCCAUGUGGACUUAUAGGAAGAUUUCAGCACUUUGGAGGAACAGACUUGCUCCACCUUCAGUUAUGGAAAUGGGGGUAGCAUGUUUCACCAAAACAAUAUCUACCUACAAGUCCACAUGUUAUCACAAUCCAAAGACCAACAUCACCA